AUGGCCAAAUUUGAGAACAAAUUGAAGGUGGGAAAGGCCAAAGUGAAGUUCGGAAACUUUGACGAGGUGAACGCCAUAAUGGUUACACUCCUACUAUUUUUUGAAGCUCGGCCUAAUCAACCCAAUUAUAUGGACGGAGAUGUGUUUGACGAGCUUGAGUCCAUGGUUCAAAUAAAAGAGGACAAAGAAAUUGAGAUAGCCAAAGAAAUUUCAAAGGAAGGGAAUGCCCAACCAUGUACCGUGGUGCCUAAAGCAGAGGAGAAAUUGCUAGAGAAUGUGUGCUAUGAGAUGCCCAUCAAGAAAAUGUCCUCCCACCUUCAGCCCUUGUAUGUGGGCGCUCAUUUUGAUGGAGUUCUGAUAAGCAAGGUCCUUGUAUAUACGGGAGCUACGGUCAACAUCCUUACAGUCUCAAUCAUGAGGAAAUUGAAGAAUGGUUCAGAUGAAUUGAUUAUGACCGAGACAACGGUUAGUGGGUUCGUGGGAGACACCACGACUUCAAAGGGAAUGAUCCCACUUCAAGUUAGAGUGGGGCAAAAGGUUAUGAUGACAGUUUUCUUUGUGGUGGAGACACCAGCCCAUCUCAAUGCUUUAUUGGGCAGGGAUUGGAUUCAUGGAAAUAUGUGUGUGCCCUCUUCACUUCUUCAAUUUUUGCAAUUUUGGCACGAGUAUGGAAGUGUAGAGACUGUUCAGGCCAAUGCACGGCCCUUCAUGGCUUCUGCCAAUGAUGUAGAGGCAAAGUUUUAUGAGGAUGACAUUGGGACUCUUUAUUUUACGAUGUCAAAUAGGAACGGCCGACCUACGAGAGUCUCAGCCCAAAAGUUGAUAGACUUGGGGGCACAUGAUGCCUAA